GAGAAGCAUUAGAGAAAAGAGAAAGCUGUGCAUGAAGAGGCAGAGGAGGGCACAGCGAGCGGCGGCGAGGUGCUGAGUGGUGCCAAAACAAACCCACGUGGUGCAACGCUCACUCGACAGCAGACGUCAGCACCACCAGCACCACCAGCCUCGUCACCACCGCCACCAUGGAAGUAGUGAACAGCAAAGGAGCCGUGCUGAGCAACUAUGAGGUGUUCACGCUGCUGCAGGAGGUGUGUCAGCAGAGCAGCAAAGGGAAGCGCAACAUUACCAAGACCCAGACCCACCUGGCUAACAUUGCCUUUGAUACUUUAAAAUAUCUGGAGAGGACGCCAUGCAAGGGCCAGAGUCCAGAGGCUAUCCACAGAUUUCUUGAGGCCACCAAAAACUUUAAGCUGACCAAAGCCGAGAAACUGCAGCUCAUCAACCUGAGGCCAACGACACCAGUGGAGAUGCAGCUGAUCAUUGAGGAGAGUGAGGACCGGCUGUCAGAGGAGCAGGUGGAGGAGCUCAUCUCCCUGGUGGAGCUGCACUUACCAGAUCCAGUCUCCACACCACAGAUGGGUAACGGGCCACAAUAACCCUCGGCCCCCGUGCUAAAGCUUAUUUAUAAAUUAUGUUUUGUUUUUUAUGGAAUAAAUUUUUGUAUUAA